AUGGGUGCCGCGUUCUAUUUGAUGGAAACCGGCUUUGCUGUAAUCGGAGCUUUUCUUGUGUGUAUGGUGGGCAUGGGCUCGCAACGUUACAUUUUUUAUCUGUGCUUUUCAGAUCAUGAUAUCAUGAAUGGAUCAAGAUUGUAUUGGCUCGAAGAACAGUGUGGCGGGGGUGGGCACAUUGAAUCCUCUGAGGCCCAAUUGCAGGGCUUCGCCGCCGGUGGUCAAAUCGUGCAGAAAAUCGUUCGAGAUCCUUUACACCCGACGGCAUACAAUCUCGAGAAGGGAUCCCGGCUGCAUAUCACCAUCCUCGACCCCAUAAGUUUGGCUCGGCUCACAGGUAAACCGCCCAUAUCGACGCCCAUAAGCAUCUCCACGUAUAUUAACGCCAAACUCCCGUGGUUCGACUCUUACCAAGAGGGAGUCCCGACCGCUGAUGACACUUCUGGAGAUCACCGUCUCGCGGACGUGAAGUCUCUGCAGGUGCUCCUUAGCGAGCGGCGGGACUGA